AUGUAUUUCCAUUCUCUUUACUUCACUAUUUUUGCCCUGGGCUUAAUAAAUGAAGUCGCAGCAGAUUCAAAUUCGAAUUGCUCUUGUGGUUAUUAUGAUCCAGCGACGGGAAACCUAUUUACCGAUUUCUUGAUUGUUUACUUCAACGAAACGACGACAUUCCCUUCCGAGGUUUUCCAGAACCAAGAAUACGCAAACCUGUACGAAAAAAGCUGGAAUUCGAGAUAUAGGCAAGGUGCCGAUCCAUCGAAUGUCCAGAUCACAAAUUCAACAUCUAGUGGCAUCGUGAACUCCUCAUCACUGGAGUUCACAAUAAAUCCCCCAACUGAUCACCAUCUCGUCAAAGGGGGUUCAAUUCGGACUCUGAGAUCUGAUAUCCAAUAUGGUUCUUUCAGAUCAAUGAUUCGUCCUGCUCAAGCUUGGACUGGAGGCACGGGAAUGUCGAUGCUUCUCAAGUACAACGAGACACAAAAUAUUCAGAUCAAUAGUCUGAACGCCCAAAAGCCUACAGAUGCCUGGAUCAAUACUUUGAUAGGAGAUGAGUUUCCUAAUCGUGUAUAUGGGCUUAAUUUCAGUACUUUGACCAACAAUGGCUCUUACAGUCCGGAGAUAAAUCCUUGGGAUUUCACGGAAAUCCGCCUAGACUGGACGAAGGAUUCCGUUCAAUUUUACAUCGGGAAUGUACUAGCUCGAUCAGUCUCCACCAAGAAUGAAAGCAGUAAAAAAUUUCCGGUCACUCCAUCGCCACUAAUCUUUAAGCUCUGGUCGAACGGGGAUUCAUAUUUUACCCAGGGACCACCGACAAAGGAAACUCAGGCCAAUCUUGGGUGGACUCGAUCGUUCUUCAACUCAUCGACCAUGACCAAAGAUCAGCACAAAGAAUUCGACACUAGAUGCGCUGUUAAAAAUGCAUGCCCGAUGGACGACAUAUCAUUGCGGGGCUAUACUGAGUUCGGUGUCGAUUCUAUCAAGAAAUGGAAGCCAACACACCAUGAACCCGGGAUUCGAACCUUUGCUUACAUUUGUCUCUCUUGUUCUGUCGCUCUUACUGUACUCUUACUUUGCAACGUUACAUUCCAAAGAUGGCCUACAAAGGAUUCCAAAGCCCCGAAGGAACCAAAGGCAUUUGGCUGUCACCGCUUGCCACCACAAAUUUCCAAUUCAAAGUUUCUUCUGUCUUUAGAAACCACGCCAACAACAUCGACCAGAUCUUCAUCUUUAGAAGUCAAAACCAAAAGAUGAUCUCGAAAUAACACCAGUUGGAUUUACGCCUACAGCUUCAUCACUCACACUUAGGGACAUGAUCGAUCAAGAAGGCAAAUAUAUGACAAAUAAUUCUUUUGCAGCAUCUCGACAACCUUCCACUUCAGAUAUGAGCGGGUUCACUUUGAACGAUUCGAGAGGUGUAACACCCAAACAUUCAGCUUAUCUUGGCAAAGACAGUCAUGCAAACCUAGACGAUGUAACUAUGAAGAAUUCAUUCAUCUUCAACCAACAGCCAGCAGAAAUAUCGGAGGACAAAGACUGGCCAAUAGCUGGUGCCACCAAAAGUACUGAAAAUGAAACUUCUCGGCCCGCACCUCCUAAUCACGCUGUGUCAGAAGUUCCAGCUCCCAUUGCUUUUCCAGCAACACCCAUCAAUGCUCGUACACCUCCCACCAAGCGGAUCGAAUACUUGGCGGGUCUCAUAUCCAUUGCAACAUUAAUGGUGACUCUUAUUCAUUUCAUCUUUACAUUUUCACCAGCGAUGGGUAUGAUUGGAGCUCUUGAGCAUUAUAGCUAUGAAAUCACAAUUCGGAAGACCAUUGGAUCAUAUCUACUUAAUCAGAUUCUCCUUGGACUUUUUUUCAUCACAUCCACUCGUUUCCUUAUCAGUCGUUACCUACGCACUGGAGAUCUUGGAAGUAUAGCUGAGAAGACCACUGGAAGAACAUUCCGUGUCAUGAUUCCGAUUGCGGCUUGCGCUCUGCUCGAGUACUUUCUGAUGGAUGUCGGCGCCUUGACUUGGCUAGAGUAUCUUCCUAGUAUCAGCUGGACCACAUGGCCCUAUGCUGUAGAAUACACAGACUUUUCUCAUUACAUCUCCGAAGUCCUAGAACUGGUGUACCUGCUUCCCAACGCAGCUCCGCAGAUCACUUACAACUAUUGUACAGGUGUUCUUUGGACUAUCCCUGUACAGAUUGAAGGUUCUUGGAUUACACUUUUGGGAUGUAUCGUGGUUAGGCAGAUUAAGACUCCUUGGAAACGAAUGUGUUACUAUGCAUUCUGUAUUGUGAAUCACUGGUACGCCCAAUCUUGGGGUACUUUCUUCUGGUUUGGAGUUCUUUACACUGAUUUGGACGUCACAUUCAAAUACAAAAAGUGGCUCAAAGAACAUGCUAUUGUCCUCUGGACCGGCAUCACUAUUGGUUUCUUGCUUGCCAUUGCUGGUUUAUCAAACGAUUUGAUCACUGCAUGGACUGGCUUCUCCCUACCUAUCGUAGAACGCGGUAUUCAUCCAGAUCCCGAGACCGGUCUUCCAAUUGCACAAACAGCGAACGCAGGAUAUCCAGAAUAUUUCAACCCUCGUUUCAAUGGAAUAAUCUUUGCCGUCGGCCUUCAAUUCGUCAUUGAAAAUUGCUACCCCGUUCAAUAUUUUCUAUCUAUGAAGCUUUGGGUAAUGCUCUUCCCACAUAUUUUCACCAUUUAUUUGGUCCAUGGCCUGGUAUGGUGGUCCCUUGGUAGUAUCGUGUGUGUGCACCUGGCUGCCUAUACUCCGCUUCCUUAUUGGUCGGUUGUUUUGAUCACAGCUGUAGUUUGCUACGGAACUUUGUUUGCAUCAUUACCGAUACUCACGCCUGUGGUGGAAACUUUAGGAAAGAAUGUUACGGGUAAUAUUUGGAGAAUGGCGCACGACGAGCCGGCUCCUAGAAGGAAGACGUUAUUUCCCUUUCCAGAUAGGCUCUUCUUGGAUUAUGAAGGGAAGAAAGAAGAAAUUGUGGACGAACAGAAGGAUGUGGAGAAGAAGGCUGGAGUUAAAGUUCAUGAGGAGGAAAUGUGAUUAUGUUUAUUAUUUUACGCUUGAAGGAUAGAUGUAUGAUGUCAAGAAUGAUAUCUUUAAUGUAAUACUUGUCAUAUAGAAUUUUAAAAACUCGAUAAUAAUAAAAAAACUAUCAGAUACAGCAGCUAUUUAGGGUUCAUGUUCCAAGAUCCUUUUGAAGAGAUUAAGCACUCUGAAUGAGAAAAAUCUGGUUGGCGGGCUUAAGAGUGGGUUGUCAAGCCAUCAUGCUUUCUUUGCAACCUCUAUGACAAUUUUCUUCGCUGAUACACC